AUGCUGAGGCCUGAGGUCUCAUCCACCUCGCCUUCCGCCCCUGCGGCUUCCCUGUCGUCCGGAGAGUCUCGCUCACGUGGUCCUCGCUACAAUUUCGAACUGCAGGAGACUCCUCAGAGCCGCCCUUCCGCCCAGGCCUUGACCGCGCCCACCCCUCCCAGCACGUCAGGAGCCGCGGGCGACCGGAGUAGCAGCAGCAGCCUCCCACGCCGCCCGCCACCCUGCCGGCCAGCUCAAGGUUCAUACUUUGGAAACAAUAGAUCUUAUACAGAAAACGCAGUUGCAUCAAAUCUUACUUUUGGUACAAGCUCAUCUUCUGCACGAGAUACUAAUUAUCCUCAAAUAGUUAAAACUCCAUUGUCUGCUGGAAAUCCCCAGAGAGCAGGUUAUAAAAGUCGGACACCACAAAUGGGAUAUUCAGCUACAUCCUCAUCUGCAGUUUCUAUACACUCCCCAUCAGUUAUUGUAGCUGUUGUAGAAGGGAGAGGACUUGCCAGAGGUGAAAUAGGAAUGGCAAGUAUUGACUUAAAAAGCCCACAAGUUAUAUUAUCCCAGUUUGCAGACAACACAACAUAUGCAAAGGUAAAAAAUUUUUUUCAGAAUGUUAAUUUCACUACUAUCCAAAGGAAAUACUUCAAUGAAACAAAAGGAUUAGGGUACCUUGAACAGUUAUGCAUAGCAGAAUUCAGCACUGUCCUAAUGGAGGUUCAGUCCAAGUAUUACUGCCUUGCAGCUGUUGCAGCUUUGUUAAAAUAUGUUGAAUUUAUUCAAAAUUCAGUUUAUGCACCAAAAUCGCUGAAGGUUUGUUUCCAGGGUAGUGAACAGACAGCCAUGAUAGAUUCAUCAUCAGCCCAAAACCUUGAAUUGUUAAUUAAUAAUCACGACUGUAGGAAUAAUCACACUCUCUUUGGUGUUCUAAAUUAUACUAAGACUGCUGGGGGGAGUAGAAGACUUCGUUCUAACAUAUUAGAACCUCUAGUUGAUACUGAAACCAUUAACAUGAGAUUAGAUUGUGUUCAAGAACUACUUCAAGAUGAGGAACUUUUUUUUGGACUUCAGUCAGUUAUAUCAAGAUUUCUUGAUACAGAACAACUUCUUUCUGUUUUAGUACAAAUUCCAAAGCAAGACACGGUCAAUGCAGCUGAAUCAAAGAUAACAAAUUUAAUAUACCUAAAACAUACCUUGGAACUUGUGGAUUCUUUAAAGAUUGCUCUGAAGAACUGUAACACACCUCUAUUAAGAGCUUACUAUGGUUCCUUGGAAGACAAGAGGUUUGGAAUCAUACUUGAAAAAAUUAAAACAGUAAUUAAUGAUGAUGCAAGAUACAUGAAAGGUUGCCUAAAUAUGAGGACUCAGAAGUGCUAUGCAGUGAGGUCUAACAUAAAUGAAUUUCUUGACAUAGCUAGAAGAACAUAUACAGAGAUUGUAGAUGACAUAGCAGGAAUGAUAUCACAGCUUGGAGAAAAAUAUAAUCUUCCUUUAAGAACAAGUUUUAGUUCUGCCCGAGGAUUUUUCAUCCAGAUGACUACAGAUUGUACAGCUCUACCUAGUGAUCAACUUCCUUCAGAAUUUAUUAAGAUUUCUAAAGUGAAAAAUUCUUACAGCUUUACAUCAACAGAUUUAAUUAAAAUGAAUGAAAGAUGCCAAGAGUCUUUGCGAGAAAUCUAUCACAUGACUUAUAUGAUAGUGUGCAAACUGCUUAGUGAGAUUUAUGAACAUAUUCAUUGCUUAUAUAAACUAUCUGACACUGUAUCAAUGCUGGAUAUGCUGCUGUCAUUUGCUCAUGCCUGCACUCUUUCUGACUAUGUUCGACCAGAGUUUACUGAUACUUUAGCAAUCAAACAGGGAUGGCAUCCCAUUCUUGAAAAAAUAUCUGUGGAAAAACCUGUUGCCAAUAAUACCUAUAUCACAGAAGGGAGUAAUUUUUUGAUCAUAACUGGACCAAAUAUGAGUGGGAAAUCCACAUAUUUAAAACAGAUUGCUCUUUGUCAGAUUAUGGCCCAGAUUGGAUCAUAUGUUCCAGCAGAAUAUUCUUCCUUUAGAAUUGCUAAACAGAUUUUUACAAGAAUCAGUACUGAUGAUGAUAUUGAAACAAAUUCAUCAACAUUUAUGAAGGAAAUGAAAGAGAUAGCAUAUAUUCUACAUAAUGCUAAUGACAAAUCACUCAUAUUAAUUGAUGAACUUGGCAGAGGUACUAAUACAGAAGAAGGUAUAGGCAUUUGUUAUGCUGUUUGUGAAUAUCUACUGAGCUUAAAGGCAUUUACACUGUUUGCUACACAUUUUAUGGAACUGUGCCAUAUAGAUGUCCUGUAUCCUAAUGUAGAAAACAUGCAUUUUGAAGUUCAGCAUGUAAAGAAUACUUCAAGAAAUAAAGAAGCAAUUUUGUAUACCUACAAACUUUCUAAGGGACUUACAGAAGAAAAAAAUUAUGGAUUAAAAGCUGCAGAGGUGUCAUCACUUCCACCAUCGAUUGUCUUGGAUGCCAAAGAAAUCACAACUCAAAUUACGAGACAAAUUCUAGUGUACCUGCUAGCCACUAGGCUUGUUCAAACUGCCCGAAACUCUCGAUUGGAUCCAGACAGUUUACGAACAUAUUUAAGUAAUCUCAAGAAGAAGUAUGAAGAUGAUUUUCCCAGGGCUGAACAAGUUCCAGGAGAGACCGAAGAAUAG